AGCGGCAGUACUGUUCUCUGAUCGACAUUGCGUAUAUGUAUUUACAAGAGAAGAAUCUCCGUCUCCUGGAUACAGAUGGAAGCGUCGUUGUUUUGGAUCCUUCAACGUGAUUUGGAAUGCCGCCAUUUCAGCGCCUUCACCAGAAACAUGUCCUGCAGACUGUGUGUGCGCUGGAGGCUGUCAUCCUGCGCACCUUCGGCCCUGAGGGAGGACAGGUGCUUUUCAUCCGAGACAAUGGACAUUCAAUGUUGAUCCGCAGCGGGACACGCAUUCUUACAGCGCUACGACUUGACCACCCGCUCGCCAGGAUGAUGGUUGAGUGCGUCUGGAAGCACAGCGGGAAAACAGGGGAUGGAUCCAAAUCAUUUAUCCUUCUUGUGGCAUCGUUAUUACGCACCAUUUACACCGCAGCCUCCAAGGAUCCAAAUGGAUCGCACGUGUAUAACUCAAGGGCAGCAGCCGAAUCGGCCGCUGCCAGGCGCCUGGCCGACCAAAUGCUGGCUUUUGCGUUGGAGAAGCUGGAUGAUCUGAUCGCUCUCUCGGUGACUUCUUACGGACUCAACCUGUCAGCGGAGGUUUUAACUGCAAGCGCCCAAUCCUCAUCCAACUCAGAUGGGGCUCAGGUCGAAACGUUGUUAGCGUCUUUCUUUCGUACUCGUUUGGGUUGCGCCCACUGUGACUUCAUGGGCGAGCUCGUUUGCAAAAUGCUCCGUCACUGGAGCCGUAAAAAUGACGAAUGUUCUCCAUCAGACAAGAUGGGGAGUUUUCAGAGGAGCUCGGUCGUAAACUCAAAUGGCUCUAAAUCCAAUACAUCUUCCUCGUCACUCCAGUUUCUAAAUGACAAUUUCCAUGCGCUGCACACGCCGCUGUCUGGCUUUCCUGUAACUUGUUCACGUUUGAUUGAGGGGCAAAUCAUCCACAGGGACUUUGCCACACACUACCACGGCAAUCACCAGCAUCCGGUCAAGGCGGUGGUUUUUACCAUGUCCCUGCAACCCAAAUGGCUAAACGCGGGUGACAUGCUGGAGAUUGGGAGGGGACCAUACGGCAAGAGCAUCAUGCACUUUAGCGCCUGGGCGGAAAGCUCACUGGAGCAUAUUUUCGCCACCCUGAAGACUCUUGGAGUCUCCCUGCUGCUGUCUGCCGUCAAACAGUCUGAAGCCGUCCUGACUUUGGCGACGCAGGCGGAGAUAUGCGUCGUGGAGUGCGUCAACGAAGACGAACUGGCGCUCUUCCUCCACUUGAGUGGGGUCACGGCCAUCUCGGACUAUCGGGGGAUUCGUUCAGGACAUAUUGCUUCUUUGACAUUUUGUCGCCCGAUGCUUCUGGGAGCGCAUCGAUACGUUCACGUGGGUUUUCCCGAUUCCAUAGGAACGCAGCCAUGCAGUGUCAUCAUCUGCGGCUUGGGUGAAGGGCAAACGGAUCAAUAUGCAGGUGCCGUUCAGGAUGCCAUCCGUAUGCUGCGUACAACAUGGGAGCCCCUGGGUGCAAGUGUUAAAGAUCCCUCCUCCAUUUCAACCGGUUGCGUCAUAUCCGCUGGCGGAACUUUUGAGCUUCUGUUACACCACGCCCUCCUACAACAUGGCCGCUCUCAGGCCGUUUCAAAAGACGUGGCUGUUGUUUGCCAGCUUUUGGCGGACGCGUUACUCCACCUUCCCCGACGUAUUCACUCCCACAAGCCAAGGGAUUUCUUACAGAUUCAAUCAAGAGUCUGGAACAUUUGUCGGAACCCUUUCCAGUCAGACGGAUUGUUGUUCGAGCCAGAGAUUAGCCAAGCAAAUCGCGGUGAGAAAAGUUCUCAAGUGGACAAUAAAUCAGGUACUUAUCGUUUAUCAGGACUUGAGUCUGUUUCCUGUAAAUCCCAUCUCAUAUUGGCUGUGCUGCAGUGUGUCAAAAGCCUCCUUCGAGUGGACACUGUGCUGCACAUCCCCACCAAAUUGCACCAAAAAUCACCAAAAUCCAACAAUUCCUCCGAGGAUGAAGACUGAGGGUUUUGGACCUUAUUAUUUGGGACU